AUGUCGGCAGCCUGGCUCACUCCGCCCAUCACUCUGACGGGGAGUCGGGAUUUUGCCUGCGAUAGCUUUGGCUUUACCGAAGAGCAGUGCACCUACUACCAGGAGCGAUGGCAUUUUUGGUUCAUCGCCGACUACGUCUUUGCGCUGUCGACCAUCGCCUUUCUCAUGAGCGUCCUCGGCAUCUUCGUCAUUGGUAACUUUGUCGCGCAGCUGUUGGGAUAUCGGGCCUGGCGCGCCUCUUCCCCAUGGAAAAGAGCCAUCGCCUUGACACGAUACUUGUCCUACCGUGGCUUCCACGUCGAGGCCCUGCAAUGGAACUCGGCCCCCUUGGGGCUUCUACUCUUGGCAGCUGCGGGGACCGUCUUCUUCCUCUGCAUGGAUCUGAUUCCCGAGCCAUACUACUGGCCAAGCCUUGGCUUUGGUGGUUCUCCACCGUUGGGAACACGAUCGGGAUGGAUGGCCUUGGCAUGCAUGCCCUUUGUCUUCGCGACAGCAACCAAGACGAACUGGAUCACGCUCCUCACGGGCGUUUCCCACGAGAAGCUCCAGGUCUUCCACCGAUGGAUAUCCUACGUCUUCUUCCUCCUGGCACUUAUGCACACGUUUCCGUUCAUCGUCUACCACAUCCGGUUCGGGGACAUGAUCAUGCAGUUCGAGAUGGGUCUUUUAUUUUACUGGACAGGCAUCGUGGCCAUCAUAUUCCAGGCUUGGCUUACCUUUGCCUCCCACAGUGUGAUUAGAAAUUUAGGUUAUGAAUUUUUCAAAGCCACUCACCUAUUCGCCGCCGCCAUAUUUGUCCUGAUAUUCUUCUGGCACUGCGACUACACCUUGACUUCAUGGCACUACUUCAUUGCGACAGCGGCCGUGUACGUCCCUUGCUACGUUUAUCCCUGGCUGCGGACUUGUAUCGAGUACGGCACGCGGGUAAAGGCUCAAGUCACCGUUGAAGAAAACGGCUUCACGCGAAUUUCAAUCCCGGCAAACUUCACAUGGGUGCCGGGACAGCACUGCUUCCUCCGCUUCACCAGUUUUGGAUUCUUGCAGGCCGCCUCGGCCCAUCCAUUCACUAUAUGCUCAUUGCCAUACCGACAAGUAAAUAAAAAGUCGGAGCUCGUCUUCUAUAUUCGCCACCAGCGCGGCUUUACCGCACGUCUGAACCAGUUUGCUCUGAACCACCCGGGUGCCUUGCUUCCUGUGCUUGUGGAUGGUCCCUAUGGGGGGAUUAACAUUCAGGCGUACGCUCACAGCGACAACCUUCUCAUCAUGGCGGGAGGGUCAGGCGCGGGCUGGACCCUGCCGUUUAUUGAGCAAUUUGUCUUGCGUCAGUCCAAGGCCGUCGAUGAAGGGCCUGGCCAAACAACAGACCUCGACAGCGUGGAGAAAGAGACCGAAAGCCAGGAGCGCAGGACCUCCCGGCCGUUUACUCUCCGCGUCAUACUGGCGACUCGAGACACCGCCAGUCGUAAAUGGUACCUUCGAGCUGUCGAUGAGCUGUUGUCCCGAUACUCAACAAGCGAGUCGCUUUCCAACAUCAGUAUCCACUUACACCUCACUGGCAAGGCUGCACAAGAGGUCGGUUUAGCUGACAAGGCUCAAGACCUUCCAGCAGAGUCAAGCUCCUCGCCGGACGGCAUCACCGCCCAAGAAAGCACAACACAUAGCCCGGUGUUGGCCACGUUGGCCAAGCAACUCGACGGCCGGCCACAACUACCGCUGGUCAUCCAGGAAGAGGCGGCAAGAGUGGCAGACGCAUGUGAAUCGCUCUCGGUCUUUGUUUGUGGACCGGCUACAAUGCAAAAUGACGUUCGAAAUGCUGUUGCGGAGGCAAAUCUGAAGGUUCUGAAGGGAUCCAAGUCUGGAGGGGUCUAUUUGCAUUCCGAGCAUUUCUCUUGGGCAUAA